UCUUAUUUUUUCAUCCGUUGACUUUUCCAAAACAAACAUCAAAAGCUGAUCGGAUCAGAGAUGGCGGCGACUGCUUAUGCAUCUCUUGUUUCGUUGUUGAAUACUAUGGAUCAGAUCCACACUCAUCCUCUCCUUUCCUCUUGUUUCGACAACUACCAGUUUCAAUCUCUUCGGGAAAAGGUUGACUUUCUCAUCGAUUUUGUGGAGACUUAUUCCGAAGAAGCAGAAGAUCUGAUGAGGCUGAUUGUGGAUGCAGCUCGUGAAGCUGAAGACAUGAUUGAAGUCGAAGCUGCUGAUCGAACUAUUACUUCAUCUGCUACCAAAAGUCUACUAAUGUUGCACUGCCUCAAGAAAAUGAUACGAGAGAUGAGCUCCAUCAAGGAAAAGGCUAUCAAGUUUAAAGAGGAAACCUCAUCCGUGAGUUCCAUGCCUCCACCAUCAUUGCCGUCGUCAUCAUCAGCUUCUCGAGCAGCUAAUAAGACUACCAUGCUGGGAUUUGAUGGCUACGUGGUGCGGCUUCUGGAUGAGCUCAUCGGGCAUGAUUCUCGAAGAAUACUCCCAAUUGUCGGAAUGGGAGGCGCUGGUAAGACCACUCUUGCCAGAAAUGUCUAUGAAAAUUCACUUGUGGUGUAUCAUUUUCAUGUCCGUGCAUGGGUUACUGUAUCUCAAGAAUAUAAUGCAACUCAUAUGCUUUCACAAGCUCUAGACUGCCUACAAGUAGGUAAUAUUGAGAAUAAAUCCGAUGAUCAACUAGGUGAGAAGUUGUACCGAACUUUAUUUGGUCGGAGAUAUAUGAUCGUCUUGGAUGAUGUGUGGAGUGUUGCAGCUUGGGAAAAGAUUAAGCCUUACUUCCCAGAAAAUGGUAAUGGAAGCCAGAUUGUUGUGACGACCAGGGAACAAGAAGUGGUUAAUUACUUUGGCUCCUCUUCACUUGUAGUGGGUUUUCUUGAUUAUCAAAAUAGUUGGGACCUUUUUUGUGAAGUGACAUUUGCACAACAAAAUUGCCCUCCUCAGUUGCAAGAAAUAGCGAAGAGCAUUGUCACAAAGUGCGGAGGGCUUCCACUUGCAAUCCGUGUUAUUGGUGGGCUUCUUGGAAAAGUUCCUAGAACCGAAGAGUAUUGGGAUCAAAUCAAAAAAGACAAGAGCUUGGUUAUGGAAUAUUCAGGUGAGGGAAACAAACCUUCCAGUAUACUAUAUAUGAGUUACAAGCAUUUGCCUGUUCGUUUGAAACCAUGUUUUCUCUACUUGGGAUUAUUUCCAGAAGAUUAUUCGAUAGAUGUGUGUGAACUUAUCCAACUAUGGGUUGCUGAAGGAUUCAUAAAAGCAUCUAAAAACGAAAUUUUGGAACAACUUGCAGAGAGUUACAUAAAGGAACUUGUUGAUAGAAAUCUUCUUUUAGUUAAUAGGUUGACAGAACACAACAAAGUAAAAUAUUAUUGUGUUCAUGAUCUUGUAAGAGAGUUGUGCAUAAAGACAGCAGUAAAGGAAGAUUUUUAUUGUGUGCAAAGAGACUUAGAUGGGAGGCGUCAUUACAUAUUUGAUGAACGACCGGUAAGUUUUUACCUUGAAGAAGCUCCAACUUCAGAAAAGCCAUCAGUUUUCAGUCCUCUAAUAUCGAGCCUGCAGGGAGAAGCGCCGUUGAAGUCUAGAUUGUUGAGAGUGUAUUAUGGUAAUCGCGAGAGUAUGCUAGACAUUUCUCUUAAACAAAUCAACUUGCGCUACAUAUACUACAAAUACCAUUAUGAAUCUGAUGGAUUUAUGCAAAUUCCUCGGUCAAUAUCACUGUGUUGGAGUCUGCAAACUUUGAUUGUGUCCAACUGGUGGUACACAGGUUCUUUACCAUCCGAGAUUUGGAAUAUGCCACAGCUUAGGCAUAUAGAUAUUCGCAAUCAUAUUCCAAUUGAUCCUCCUGCUGCAGGUGACGUCUCUGUUUUACAAAACUUACAGACACUUAAAACAGUGAAGAAUCUCAUUUUCAGCGAGGAGUUGUGUGCCAAAAUGCUCAACAUUAGAGAAUUGAAUAUUCUGUACGAGUUGGGAGAGGAAUUGGAUAUUCUAUACGAGUUGGGGGAGGAAUUGGAUAUACUGUACAAGUUGGGAGAGGAAUCGUAUAUUCUGUACAAGGUGGAACAGAGAUUUAAGCUAUAUCAGUGUUUUCAUCUGAAUAAUGUUGGCAGCUUAAGUAAGCUUGAAUCGCUAAGAAUUGAUUCGCCAAGCAAGUCUGAAUUGUGGAGAAAGCUAUAUAUAGAUGAAUUUAAGCUACCGAAUUCCCUCAGAGAGCUCACUUUAUACAGUUGCUUUAUUGGGCAGAGGGGUAUGGCAAUGAUUGCUUCGUUACCUCAUCUUCAACUUCUUGAAUUAUGGGAUGCAGUAUCAGGAGCAGAAUUGAAUUUUUUUAAACAGGAAUUUCAUAGCUUGAAACAUCUGACCAUUUCUAAUGGUAAUGGUUUGAUUAAUUGGAUUGCGGACAAAUCCAAUUUCCCAGUGUUGGAGACGCUUUAUCUUUCUUCAUUACGGAACUUGGAAGAGAUUCCUUUCGAUAUUGGAGACAUAUCCACACUUCAAAAAAUAACUGUUCAUGAUUGUUCAGAAUCAGUGAACAUGUCAGCUAUAAAGAUACUUGAAGAACAUGAGGACCUUGGAAAUCAAUCCAUUCAACUUAUAAUUUAUAUCGGCUUGGCAGCAAUGUUGGAAGAGAGCAAGCAACGGUACACAUCCCAAAAUCUUCAGAUCUACAGUUUUAUGGACUUUUAGUGUUGGUUUGGUGUUAUCGAUCGAGGCUCUGAGACUAAUGAUUAAGUUGGGAGUCGAAAAAGAGACAACAAAACACCUACCUUGCGAAUUAAUCCCGAAACGCACGGCCAAUGCAUCAAUAGUCAAACAAAGAGUGAUUCACGCUAGCAUGCCCGAAGGCAAGGACCGUGUGCUCGGUUCCAUCGUGGAGAAUUCGAUGAUAUGUAGACUUUUUGGCUGUUUGCAAUGGAAACGUUCAUGGAACAUACCCUGCUGGCGGCCCAAAUCUGAGACUCGAUUUGCUCAAGUGAAGUUGCAGAUGUUUACAGUGUGGCCCAUGAAUAAUUAAGGGAUGAGACGAUAAGAGACGAAUAAGAGACAGGGAUGCGGAUGGCCUUAACGACUUUGGGACCCACUCGGAUCUUUCAGUUCACGGAACCAGACACUCCCGUCUAUGUAUAAAUACUCCAUUAUUUAAAUUCUAAUUUUCUUUAAAGCUACAAAAUUACUAGUAUUACAAUAUUACUAC